CUGCCCCACCGCUGCGCCGUGCACCGCACAGCACCCAGCCCCUGCCCGCCCUGUCCCGCUGAGGCCCCGGGACGCUUCUCUGCCCUGUCUCCUUCCAGAGCCCACCCUGUUCUCUCCUCUCUCUUUCUGUCCAUUCUCUCUUCCUGCCUUCGAGCACCACAACCAUCCCUUCUAUCUACCCUCACAGCCUUCCAUGCCUGCACACUUAUCCUCCCAUCCUUCAUCCACCCACCGUCCCCCUGUCCUUCCAUCCCUCCAUCCACCCUUCUCUCCUUCCAACUCAUCUUUCCACCCACCCAUCCUUGCCCUGUGCUUCCAUCCAUCUUUCCACCCCACCCACUUAUCCCUCUAUCCCCUUUUCCAUCCCUGCUACCAGCCAAUCCCUCUGUCUACCCUCUGUCCCUUCCAUCAGCCUGUUUUGCCCUCAUCUUACCAAUUACCUACCCUUCCUUCCAUCCAUUCACCUCUCGCCCUUUCUUCCCUCCAUCUACCCACUCAUCCAACCUCCCUUCUGUCCUUCCAUCCAUCCACCCAUUUUCUUCCUUCCUUCCAUCCAUCUCUCCAUCUAUCUCUCCUUUUCACAGCGGUCCGCUCCCCAAACGCCAGCAGUCAUCCUUCCUUCCACCCGCCCAUCCUGCCGCCCAUCCUGCCGCUCACCUGUCUCCUCUCCCUGUCCCCCUGUCCCGCAGUUCUCUCCCUCGCUCCUUCUCUCCUCCCUACCCCAGUCCACGGGAUUUUCUAUUCCUAUUUAAAAGCUUCCCCGGCUGGGUCGGAAAUCGGAUUUCCUUUUUCCUGGACGCGUUUCCUGGCUUCGCCGCAGCGGCGGGGCAAGCGAGGGGGAGCGGACGGGGGCUGCGAGGACAUUGCCCGCGGGUGGGCGCCGGGGGGUCGCGGUCCCGCCUGGCUCCAGCCCCCCGCCACCCCCACCCGCGCCCCUUUUUUCCCCCCAGAUCCAGUAGGGGAAACUUUGUUCAAAGACGGGAAGAGCCAGGCAUGGGGGUCUCUCAGCCCCGGCGUGCAGAAAGGCAGCGGACAGAUCCAGCUGUGGCAGUUCCUGCUGGAGCUGCUUUCGGACCGGGCCAACCUGAACUGCAUCGCCUGGGAAGGCACGAAUGGGGAGUUCAAGCUGAUCGACCCCGACGAGGUGGCACGGCGCUGGGGCGAGCGGAAGAGCAAACCCAACAUGAAUUACGACAAGCUGAGCCGGGCACUGCGCUACUACUACGACAAGAACAUCAUGACCAAGGUCCAUGGCAAGCGCUAUGCCUACAAGUUCGACUUCCAUGGGCUGGCGCAGGUGUGCCAGCCGGCCACCCCCGAUCACACCCUCUACAAAUUUCAGGGCAACCUGGCACCGCUGCCCUUCUCGGGCAUCUCCAAACUCAACCUCAUGACCUCUGGGGUGACACCGGCCAGCUUUUCCUACUGGCCUGGUUCCAGCCCAUCCCUCUACCCCGGGCACGGGCUCCAGCCCUCAGCUCCAUUCAGCGCCAUGGCAGCCUCCCACCUCAACAAUAUGAACAACCAUUACCAUUAGAGGCUCAGCUGUGCCAGGUGGACACUCCUUGUCCCUGGCAGCAUGGGGCUGUGGAGUUGGGAACUCAGUGGGGAGGGAUGGGGGGUGGGAUCGUGCCCUGUUCUCACUUGCCCCCUUUUAAAUUUGGAAUGGUGGGGAGGGUGGGAGGUGCUUGCAGGGUAGCUGGGUUAGUUCCCUGAUAGGGGUGGCUGGAGGAGAGAAGCCAUCUAAAUUUGAGAGGGUAUCCAUGAUCCUGGGAACAGAUGUGGAUACCUAAAGCAGGGUGUGAAUAGAAGGAAUAACUAUCAGCUCCACUCCUGGCAGGGACUGUGCACCCCCUUUCCUUUGCAACAUGCUGCCCACUCCCUGAAUAUCCUUAGCUCUACCCCCAGCCUGUGCCUGCCCCACCCCUCUACCUGCAGACAGGAGUCAGGUGCUGGGGCCUUGGGGCAGCUGCAUCCAUGGAUGAGGGUCCCACUGAGCAGAGGUCCCCACUGAGGGGACCUUCCUUGACCACUUGGUCCACUCACCUAUGUCUCCAAAGUCUUCCUUUCUUCCAUCCCUCCUACACCUCCUGCUGAUGGUAGCUUCCUUCACACCUCAGGAGAAGCCUUCAUCUGAAGGGCAGAUGUUCUUCAUGGGUUGAUUCCUACCUGGGGCAGGGCUCUGGGGUUGGAGGUGCCAGGGGCAGGUGUGACAGGCACACACUGCCAGUCUUCAGGGCAAGACCAGAGCCUGGAGGCAACACAGCCUGGUCCCUGCAACUCUGCCCUCUCCCCAGUGCUUGAGGAUCACACCACAGAUAGUCCUGACAUCCUGCACAUGAGCCUGUGUCCUGCUCAUCACUUCCAAGAUUAUUUUUCCAGUUUUACUCUGGCUUUAGCCCCUCACAUGCAGGGCUUGGUGGGACACCUUCCAUAGACGGGAACAUCCCCAGGGACAAGGCAGGGUGGGAGGUAGGGCAGGAGAAGGGAUAACAGCAGGACUGGGAGCCCCAGGAACCAAGGAGCAGCCCUGGGUCUCCCCCUGGGUUCAAGGAGCUGCCCCCAUCCUCCGGAGCAGGACAUUGGCUCAGCAGACUUAGAAGAGCUGGGCACACUGAGCUCUACGCUGGCUGGGGGGUGGGUUUGGUCUUCAAUAAAACAGAGAGGUGCUGUGA